AUGGGCAACUUUCUGGAUGUAGACGUGGAGGUGGACUGGCUUUACAAGGGCAAGAGACGGCCAAAACCGCAAACACAAGUUGUACGCCGAGAACGGUCAUCUUCAGUGUCAAAUGGGUCGUUGGGCCGUGUGGCCACGAAAACAGAGUCUCAAGAGCCUGAGAUACCUAAGCAAACCAAACCGGAACGGCCAUCGGUUGAUACCAAAAAAACUGGAAGCUUCACAGUUGGAACUGCAACGGCUACCAUCCCACAACGGUCAAGUUCGAUCAACGAGACGAGUGCAAAAUCUAAGAAAUCUUUGUUUGGCUCGCUUUUUAGACGCAACAGUCAAGGCUCUGGUGAAACUCCUUCAAUUCCCAUUCCCCUACCCAAAAUACGGUCUCAUACCGGAUCUAAUGGUGCUGGUUCUCAACCUUCUGGUCAAGAACCCAUACCAUCCAUGCAAGCUACGGUAUCACAGUUUUUGAAAGAGCCCUCUUCUCCUGAAGUGUCAGAUGUGGCUCCCAUUCAUGAUGAAAAAGUGGUCUUGGGCAAGAGUCAACACCGGAAAUCAAUUUCGAUUGAUAAUCUAUCAAAACUGCCUCUCAAACGAGUUACUUUUGCCGUUGACCGUUUUGGAAUGGAUCCGCCGCAACAAAUACCAAGUCGCAAACCCAAGAAGGGGGAUGUCUUGGUACCUCAGGACAUGAUCUGUCCCACUCCGUCUAUUUCCGUUGGCAUCACUAACACGCAAGGUAGUGUGGAACAAGCUACUUCUCCGCCCAACGAACAAUCGAAAGAAUACAAACUGGCAAUGGAUUAUCAUCGUCGGGCUCUAAAGGAGUCGGAAAAGCAUCAGCAAGAAGCGCAUUAUGCUGCAAGACGCAUAGCUCAUGAAGUACAAAACUUCAAAAUUAAAAAUUCUGCAGCGUCUUCUCAUGCACAAACAAGCGGAAACGUCGGUGCCGAACAGAGCUCAAGCAACAACGAUGGGCUUGGAACGACCGCCACGAUCACCGCGAUUGAUGAUCGAAUCAAAAAUUUAGAGAUCGAUAAACCAAUACACAAGCAUGAGAACUUUUUCGAUCAUGACACAUCAAAUUCGACUUCGUCCUCCGAGAAACUUACUCUAGACAAGACAUAUACUCGUUGCUGUCAUCUACGAGAGAUUCUACCCAUCCCUUCUACUUUAAAGCAAGUAAAGGACAAAACUGCGCCAUUACAAACUUUGAAGUUUUUGAACCCAAGGCCCACACUCAUCGAUAUCUUGUCUUUCUGUGACUUCAUCGCAAUAACUCCUGUGCACAAUGUCAUCUUUGACAAUGUCAACCUUACCCAGGAGAUGCUCAAAAUUGUCAUCAGCUCUUUGGUCAAUAGUUCCGUCAUCGAAAAAUUAGGACUCAGAAACGUUACAUUCAACCUUGACAGCUGGAAACUACUGUGCAAGUUUUUGAUGGAUAACAAAUCCCUCUUGAAACUGGAUAUUUCUCAUACUAAAGUAAAGACCGAUCUUCCUAAAGAACUGUAUCGAGCCAAUAUGGAUUGGAAUCUAUUUAUUGAUGUCCUUCGAAGCCGCAAGGAGAAAACAUUAACUGAACUACUAGUGAAUGGUGUCAAAUUUGACAGUACGAGCACUUUCGUCAAUUUACUCAACACUUUUGCAUCAACCGGACAACCAGCAAAGAAACGACUUGGAAUUGCACAAUCUGAAGUUACUGGAGAACAAAUCAAAUUCCUCAUGUCGUGGAUCAGCGAAAACAAUAUUGAGGGUGUCGACUUAGGGUUCAACGAUCUGAGCGAACUUGUCAAACCUUUGGUAGGGAAACUCACCUCGCUUUCAUAUGAUAACAUGCACUAUUUCACACUUAACAGCACCAACAUCGCAUCGCCGUAUGACGCGGCCUUGGUAUUGCGAGCGUUGUCAAAAUUGCCCAACCUUUAUUUCCUCGAUUUGAGCAACCUGCCUCAAAUUUUCCCCGACAUUUUCCCGUACCUCAACAAGUACUUACCUCGCAUGCCAAAGCUGAAGCGACUACAUUUCGACUCCAAUGAAUUCACAGCUAGAGAGGUAGUUAUGUUAACGACAGUGCUUCCCAAAUGUAAAGAGCUUCUUCAUAUUUCGUUGAUGAACAUUCCAGAAAACUCUUUCACAACAUCAAUGAGCGCCAACGUAUAUGACUGUGUGCGGCAAAGUCCGAAACUUACACAUCUGGACAUCGCCUAUGGAAACAUGCCUGAGGAAAUCUCGUCUCGUAUUGCGCUCUUUCUCAUGCGUAGAUUGCAUCGGGAUAUCGAGCUUGACGAUUUGGCCAGUCAAGACGAUCUAUUAUUUGAUGGAACUUUACUCUCUGAGACAGCAGAGAAUGUAUUUGAAAAACUGAACAACUAUGAAGAUGCGGACACCGACACCACUAGGAGGUACUUACUCAAAAAAUAUUGGGAACGGUUCAACCGUGUUCAUGACAAUGUUCAGCGCACAAUCGAUGAACUAUUCGAGAAGAGAAAUGCUGGUGAGCUAAACCUUCAGGGCAAGGAAAAUUUACUGCGGCUUUUGUUCCUGGAGAACAAUCUAUCGCAUAUUCUGAGCAUUCUAAAGACCUACCCACAAGUUGCAAACAUCGCAGGUUUAGAGUCCAGUGCAAAGCAAUCAACUUCUGACAACGAUAUUACCAACUUACGAGAUGCUGAGCCUCCCGCUCACACACGGCCUCACUUGAUGGCGACGGAAUCCGGACGGACUAUCGAUUUAACCACUGGUAAAGCUAUACUGGUGAAACAACCUUCUCAUGUAGCGCUGGUCAGCAAAAGGCAAGAGGAAGAAGAAGGUGAAUUUCACAAGUGGGGGUUUUUCGUUCAACAGCAAAAUUCCAUUUAUCCUGAUCAUCAGGCUAGACCCGUGAUUGAAGAUCCGGUAGAAAAGAGGCCAGAAAGUGCAUCGUCUACUGAAUCACCCAAGUCUUCCCAACCCUCCACAGCAACACAGACAUCGCAUAGCUUGAUUGCCAAGAUUCCAUCUGGAACUGAGCUUCGGGAUGCUAUCAUGCGCGCCAAAGGUAUCGAUUCCAUGGAAGAGCUGAUUGAAAAUGUAAGCGGAAAUCGUGAGUCGCUGGACAAAAUCUACGGUGUGCCACUCCACCCCAUGCCGCAGUCAGUAUCGGACGCUGGCACCUACCGGAGAGCCCCGCUCUCACAGUUGAUGAGAUCAGAUUCUAAUGUAUCAGUAACAUCGUCCGAAUCUGGUAACGAGGAAAAAGUUGAUGAAACAUACGAUAAGUUACUCAACAGUUUGAGUAAAGUACGGUCAAAUAAAUAA